CUUCACGUAGAUAUAUAUAUAAUGUCAUCUACAAGAAUCUAAAGAUGGGAAAAUUUGCGAGUUUUUGGAGUGAAAUAGCUGUGAUAACGGGGUUUUUGUCAAUACUCUCUCUCGCUAUUAACACCGCAGUUGUAGGAACAGACGUGAGCCAAGACAAUGAAAUGCAUAAAUCAAAUACGAGCGUAAACAUUGUGCCAGAAGUCGAGGCAACAUUGGAAGAAUUGACGCGCUUCCUUAAAGCUGGUGAUUUAGUUCAAGAUAAAGACACAUUAUUGCCAAUAUUGGUAACGUCAUUGGGUACAAACGAAAAAUAUAUCGAAUGCAAUGAUAUGAACAACAGUGUUUGCCUUGUCCAAAAUGGCCAUGAAGUUGUGUAUCUGAGUGUAAUCAUCACCAAAGAGAAUUUGUUCACUUCACAUCUUCGAAACCCAUCUUCUCUCGAAUAUAAACAACUUUCCCGAGCUUUGGAACAGAAGAUAGAUUCGAUUGUAAGACGAGACUUCUCACUGCCUUCGCUAAUUUCUGCCAAAGUCAUGCAGUUCAGGAAAGGAAGUAUCAUUGCUGACCUUAGACUGGAAUUUGCUGACAAAGAUGAGCAUCAGAGGGUGCGAAAGAAACGGGAGGCUGGCGGGCAAACAUCACAGAGCAGCGAAAUAUCGAAACAUUUCCAUUCACCACACGCAUCAACAACUCCGCUUUCACAUAAUUUGACAAGCUCCUCGACAUUCACCAAGUUCAAAAUUUCAACAACUGCAAUUUUGGCUGCAGUAAGUCCAAGUAAUGCAACACAGUCUUCUAGUGAAUAUGGCCUUACCAUUCACAGCACCACCUCGCCAAUCCGUCGUUCAUCGAGCCCAAUACUUUCCUCAGACUAUUCAACAAACGGUUUCUUGACAAGCAUAGGAAAAACAACCGGCAAAGUUUUCACCUCGCCAGCUUCAACUGCUGGUGUACAAAGCACUGGGAUCUCUGAUAAAGUAUCAACAACUUUUGAAAGCCGACAAAUAGAAAAGACAAGCGAAACUAAAACACCAAAGAACGAACCACAUUCAACUAUAUAUAGUUCUUCAGUUGCAGUGCAGACACAGACCGUUCAAAAUUCGGCUACGCUAUCUGCACAUUCCAACAGCAUAUUUACCAAUCAUUCUUCAGUUUACCAAGCAUCCUCUUCAUUGACUAUCCUCUCCCAUCCCCAUUCCACAAUCACGCCUGCUGGAUAUUCUUCCGUAUACAAAACACCUUCACUCACAAGUCUCCCUACAAUUCUGCAAACGGUUGGCAAUUCGGUAUCGCUAACCACAGUCCUUGACCAAUUCAAGUCGAUGUCCGAAACAACCCUUACAGGAGAUACGACUAUUUCCUCUGACCCGCCACUUAACACUUCCUUUCUGAAUACUCAGGCAGAGACACAAACUAGUGAAAAUAUUGAACCAAGCUCCACUUUUCAUGCCGUUUUUACCAGCACAUUCAGACCUUCCGUAAACAUCACCACUCCUCCUACUCCUGAUACGAAACAAGCUGAAAUGACGCCCUCUUUAAACUAUUCCGACAGUGUAAUUUCACCCUUACAGUCACACAUAUCUACAACUCCACGACCCCGAUGAUUCUACGGCAACAAAGUAUUAUGCUUCCUCGCCUGUUGUAACAUGUUCACAGUGUUCAAUUGUUACCAGUAUACCUGCAGGACAUCCGCAAAAUAUGACACCAUCCAGUGUUUAUGCAAGUGCUAGUACUAUUAACAGACAACAGAUAAACUCAACAGAAGUUCUUAAUGUCAAAUCAACAACUUUUUCUUCAAUGUACAUCAAUGUUUCUAGCCUAUAUGGUAAAUAUACUCCAAGCAUGUCAUCUAACAUUAAAUCAAGCGCAGAUACCAUAAAAAACCAGGGACUAAAUUCUACAGAAGUCUUACGUUCUAUGACUGGAAUUCCUUCGACUUCAAUGCUCCUGUUAUCACCACAGAGCACAUCUGUCAACUCAAACAGAAGCUAUUUGCAUUCUACAAGUUCCUUUCUAACAAGGAAUGCCAUAUUCCAAACAACGUCCCUUUACAGUUCAAUAAUCAAGGCAUCCACAUUCAAUACAUUCGUGCCCUCCCCAACGAACCAAUCAAGUUCAAUGCUACACAAGUCGUUUUCUACAGGAAGCAUGAAUCAAAAAAUGAACCAAACAACUUCAACCUUCAGCAGAACAAGCAUAGCCGAGGUGAAGGACUCCUCGGUAAGCCUAUCCUAUACCCUACAACACCCGUCGAGCCAAACAGCUUUACACACUAUCAGUACAAGCAUAGCCACUUUAACAAGUCUGUUUCUUGAAGUGAAAAAUACAUCAACAAACCCCUCCUAUACACCACCACUUCCGUCGUCUACAGUGGUAACCAAUUUUUCUUCGAAAUCAAGUAUGAACCAAACAGCGUCGUAUUUUAGCUCGAGUCUAAUUGCAACAUCAAGUAUGUUUCUUGAAGUAAAAAAUUCUUCAACAAACCCUUCCCUUACACCACCACUACCGUCGUCUACAGUGGUAACCAAUUUUUCUUCGAAAUCAACCAUGAACCAAACAGCGUCGUAUUUUAGCUCGAGUCUAAUUGCAACAUCGAGCAUGUUUCUUGAAGUAAAAAAUUCAUCAACAAGCCCCUCCCUUACACCAUCACUAUCGUCGUCUACAGUGGUAACCAAUUUUUCUUCGGAAUCAAGUAUGAACCAAACAGCGUCGUAUUUUAGCUCGAGUCUAAUUGCAACAUCGAGCAUGUUUCUUGAAGUGAAAAAUUCAUCAACAAACCCCUCCCUUACACCAUCACUAUCGUCGUCUACAGUGGUAACCAAUUUUUCUUCGAAAUCAAGUAUGAACCAAACAGCGUCGUAUUUUAGCUCGAGUCUAAUUGCAACAUCGAGCAUGUUUCUUGAAGUAAAAAAUUCAUCAACAAGCCCCUCCCUUACACCAUCACUAUCGUCGUCUACAGUGGUAACCAAUUUUUCUUCGAAAUCAAGUAUGAACCAAACAGCGUCGUAUUUUAGCUCAAGUCUAAUUGCAACAUCAAGCAUGUUUCUUGAAGUGAAAAAUUCAUCAACAAACCCCUCCCUUACACCAUCACUAUCAUCGUCUACAGUGGUAACCAAUUUUUCUUCGAAAUCAACCAUGAACCAAACAGCGUCGUAUUUUAGCUCAAGUUUAAUUGCAACAUCAAGCAUGUUUCUUGAAGUAAAAAAUACUUCAACAAACGUCUACUAUACAUCACCAUUCCUGUCAUCCACAAUGGUAACCAAUUUUUCUUCAAAAUCAAGUAUGAACCAAACAGCGUCACGUCUUAGCUCGAGUCUAAUUCCAACAUCAAGCAUGUUUCUGGAAGUGAAAAAUUCAUCAACAAACCCCUCCCUUACACCACCACUACAGUCGUCCACAGUGGUAACCAAUUUUUCUUCGAAACCAACCAUUAAACAAACAGCGACGUAUUUUAGCUCAAGUCUAAUUGCAACGUCAAGCAUGUUUCUUGAAAUCAAAAAUUCGUCAACAAACCCCUCCCUUACACCACCACUACCGUCGUCAACAGUGGUAACCAAUUUUUCUUCGAAAUCGAUCAUGAACCAAACAGCGUCACCUUUUAGCUCGAGUCUAAUUCCAUCAUCGAGCAUAUUUCUGGAAUUUAAAAAUUCGUCACUAACUCUGUCCUAUACUCCGACACAAUCAACCAUGAAUGACACACCAACUAUUUCCAAAAGGAUCGUCACAACAUCAAGUGCGGUAUCUGGUUCAAUAUAUAAAAAUCGUAGUACGCUUACACAAAUUUCGACCUCCACAUUCACACCUGAAAUCGCGAGCAAUAAUAAAACGAUAAUACCUACAACUUCAUUAAACAUGAUAAACCAAACAUUUAUCAGCACUGUUACCACCACCAUCACUAACAGUACUGAUAUGUCGAUGACCUCCAUUGUCGAUCCCUCAACGAGAAGUUCCCCAUAUAACACCAGUUACCUACUAACAACACAGCACUCCAACAACAAAACCUCGGUUCACACGCUACUCUCCUUAACGUCAAUAGCAAGUACAUCGAUUGCAAAUUCGAGCUAUCUUGGAAUCACCUCCUCGAGCUCGUCGCAAUACAACAUUUUACUUUCCGGGUUCAACUUCUGCAAACAUAACACAACUGUUGACCACAGCACUGACACCUCCUUACAGCUCUAGUUUAUCA